AUGUUUAAAAGCAUGAAAAGCCACGGCCGAGGCGGCGCUGGCAACAUCGCCGGCUCUUCCAAGUCGCCCAAGCUUGAGCCCGAGGACCUCGAGACUCCCCACCUCAAGUCUUCGGUCGUGACCACCGGCCGCGGCGGCGUAGGCAACAUGGCCCCCAACGACGACCCCGUCGCCACGCGGGCGCGUCAGGACGUCGGACCUAUUGUGCGUAAUCCCAGCACCGGCCCGACUCAUGUCGGUCGUGGAGGUGCCGCCAACGUCGUUGACAACCCGGAGGAGUUGGCUGAAGAGGCCGCACCUGCCAACACCGAUGGCGCUGACAACAAGAAGAAGAAACUGUCGGCCAAGACCAAGGAAUUCUUCAAGAAGACAUAG